CAAGUGGCGGAGAAAGCGCCGGUGAGAAGAUAAAACGGUGACCAAGACGAGAUGGAUGGCCAACAGCACAGGCUGGCCUCGAAAUUUUGAGAUUUUAUCUUCUGAUGGCCGCCGCCGGUGCCCAAGCUCUUCUCACCGUCGUCUCUCAUCAUCUCUUCUCAGUGCCACGUGCUUCUAUCUCAAAAUCCUGCAGCUUGACGCGCUUCUCCUCAUCCGGAGCUUCGCCACUCACUUCUUCCUUCACGCCUGGCUUAGCUACCGCAUUUUGGAUUACAUCCAACAGAAGGAAGAUUAAUGAGCAAGAAAAAUCUAUUUCCAUAAGGUGUGAGCAGGGAACCAAGGAGAAUAAUGGAUUGAAUGUAUGGCUGGGUCGGUUUGCUAUGGUCGGUUUUGCAACAGCUAUAACUGUCGAAAUAUCAACAGGGAAAGGACUUCUAGAGAAUUUUGGGUUUACAGCACCAAUUCCAACUCUAGCACUGGCUGCAACAGCAUUAGUUGGAGUUCUUACUGCAUUCUUCAUCUUUCAGUCAGCCUCUCGAGAUUAAUCGCCGUCUUGUUUAAAGUUCAUUGACAUUCAUGCAAUCUGUAUUGCUAAUGUUACUGGACAAGCUCUAUAAGAAGUCUAUACAUUUGUGUUCCCCUUCA